CUGGAAGCCAAAGAGUGAAUCUAACUUUGGUGUAGCAGAACUGAGUUUUUCCAAGUUACAUAAUACAUAAAAGGACUUUUUUUUUAGACUUUUGAAGCUUUCACUGCCCUUCAAGUGGAAAUGUCUCUUAUUUUAAGAAAUUUGACGCUUUUAAGAUCAGCUGAUUCACAUUUUAUAAGCAACAUCACGCAAAAAGCAACAUGCUUUAACUGCCACAGAGAAAUGAGGGGAGCGGCCAUCAAAACUAUCAGGGCAUUUCAUCAAAUACAAGUUGGUUGCGUUAGCAGAUUAAAAUUGAGUCCAAAAACAGGUCUUUUGGCUGUACUUAGAAGAUCAGCAACAGCAGUACCGCCAACUGCUGUGUCAGAGAAGUCCCAAAAAAUUGUGGGUACCUGGCUGCUAGGAUGUGCUGGAAUGUGUUUUGGUGCCGUUGUAUUGGGUGGUGUAACAAGAUUGACAGAAUCAGGGCUUUCUAUGGUUGACUGGCGACUAAUCAAAGAUAUGAAACCACCUAGAACUGAAGCUGAAUGGCAGGAAGAGUUUGAAAAAUAUAAACAGUUUCCUGAAUACAAAUAUAUGACAAAAGAGAAAGAGAUGACACUGUCAGACUUUAAGUUCAUAUUUUACAUGGAAUGGGGCCAUCGCAUGUGGGGACGCACCACAGGUGUCUUCUUUCUUUUACCUGCAUUAUACUUCCUGCGUAAGGGAUGGAUCUCUAAAGCACUGAAGCCACGCCUGGCAGCGUAUGCUGGUCUUUUGGGAUUCCAGGGUUUUCUAGGCUGGUACAUGGUCAAGAGUGGCCUUGAAGAUAAACCUAACCCAUCAGACAUCCCGCGGGUCAGCCACUACAGACUGGCUGCACACUUGGGAUCAGCCUUUGUUCUCUACACACUUUUUAUGUGGCAGGGCCUGUCCCACCUUCUCAAACCAAUCCAGCUACCAGAUGUGAGAAGUAUUGCAAAAAUCAGGGGAAUCGCCCAUGGUGUUAUGACGGCUGUAUUUGUCACAGCUAUGUCAGGAGCUUUUGUGGCUGGCCUAGAUGCAGGACUGACCUAUAAUUCUUAUCCUAAGAUGGCUGACCGCUGGAUACCAGAUGACAUGUGGGCCAUUACCCCUAAAUGGAGAAAUGUGUUUGAAAAUCCAACAUUUGUUCAGUUUAAUCACAGACAUCUUGCAGAGCUGACUGUUGUGUUCAUCACUGGCUUCUGGUACAUGGCUAGAAAAGCUCCCCUACACCCUAGGGCCCGGCUUGCAGUCAACUGUCUCCUUGGAAUGGCAUUUAUUCAGGCAACACUUGGUAUCACUACCCUGCUAACAUAUGUGCCCACACCUGUGGCCGCCACCCACCAGUCCGGGUCCCUGGUCCUGUUGAGUUUUGCUGUGUGGGUUGCACAUGAGUUGAGAAGGUUGCCUAAAUAAGGAGCAGCUCAUGGCUGGCCACACAUCUCCUGGAUCUCUCACUUGUCUGGUUGGGAGAAAUCUUGCUGUGAGUUCAGUGAACCCUGAGUAGCCUCUAGCACUAUAAAGCAAUCCGCCUGACAAUACUUGUCUUACAGACUAAAGCUAGAGCAGGAUGUUUAACCCCACAGACUAGUGCAAGAAAUGUAUUGCUAGACAGGCUGGAGAUAUGGGACAAAAAUGGUACAAGUGAAUAAAACAGAUUUCAAACAUA